CUGCUGCUUGCCACCAUCCCACUGUCUGCCAUUCAUGCUGGAGUCUGCCAUCUGUCUGCACAUCCCACCACCACCUGCCGCCCCGAGACACCAACUGUGUGAUACAUUCACUCAAUAACCUGAUAGAUAAUACUCGCUCACCAAGAGGACUCUGGUCAGUGUUUCACUCGCUGUCAGCAACUCUCUGCACUCCACCGACAUGCACACUUGGACACUGUUGUUGCUGGGCCUGGUAACACUGGCUGCUGCACUCCCAGAGAAGUUGCACCAGCUGGCCGGCGAAGCUGACGAGGAUGAAGAAGGUGUUGACUAUGAAGAUGAACCCAAGAGACCGUACAGCUUCUCGUACGCCGCCUCCCGCUACUACAACGGCGCUCCUGACAGAGAACACCAGGAACAACGAGGAGAAGACGGUAUUACCAGAGGUGUCUUCAGGUACGUAGACCCACGUCACAAAGUACAAGAGGUCGUGUACUUCGCUGACGAAGGAGGUUUUCACGUGGAGGCUUCCAACCUGCCUCAGGAGACCCUGGCUGUGCAGAACGCUCGUCUCAAACACCAGGAACUCUUUGAGAAGAUCAGAGAGGAACAUGCUCGUAUUGGAGCCGAGAGAGCGCUCCUUGAGUCCGAAAACACCGAUGACGAGAAGUACCAGUAGUGAUGUACCUGUAGUGUCGUACCUGUAGUGAUGUACCAGUAGUGACGUACCUGUAGUGACGUAACUGUAGUGACGUACCUGUAGUGACGUACCUGUAGUGACCUACCUGUAGUGACCUAGUUGUAGUGACGUACCAGUAUUGACGUUCCUGUAGUGACGUACCUGUAGUGAUGUACCAGUAGUGACGUACCAGCAGUGACCUACCAGUAGUGAUGUACUAGUAGUG